CGACCAAACGAUCCGGGUUCCAGCGGCGGCGGCGGCGGCGAAGAUGAUCAUACCGGUGCGCUGCUUCACCUGCGGCAAGGUGAUUGGGAACAAGUGGGACCUCUACCUCGACCUCCUCCAGGCCGACUACUCGGAAGGGGAUGCUCUGGAUGCUUUGGAAUUGUUCCGCUACUGCUGCAGGCGAAUGCUCAUGACCCAUGUUGACCUCAUUGAGAAGUUGCUCAACUACAACACACUGGAGAAGACCGAGACAAGUUAAGUGAGCAAGCAUAUCAUGCUCUGAAAGCACUACUGUUUCGCAGUAUCAUAUAUAUUGUAGGCGGUAUGUUGUCUCUUCUCUAUCAGGAGAGGAUUGUUGUCAGUGUGAACUUGCUUUUGCUCACGAGCAUUCAAGGACUGACAGUGCAUGUUGCAUCUAUGCCACGAUGUUGGAGAUUUUAAUCGAUAUAAUAACUGCUAACUAAUACUCUCUUUGUCUCUGUCCCAAUUUAUAAUUCGUUUGACCUUUUUACAUCAAGUUUGAUUGGCUCGUAUUAUUGCAUCGGCCGUAUGCAUACUCAUGUGCUUCGAGGUAUACAACGGCCGAAAAUGGCCACUCGGUCCGUCGUCGUCGCGAGGUAUAUACAAUGGCCACUCGGUCAUGUGCUUCGAGCUAGGCUGUACCUGUACGUGCUGCUAUGAUUUGAUGCGUCCGCAUGUGCUUCGCGGUGCAACUUGCGUUGUUCCUAAAUCAUGCAGCAUUUCGCUUCGUUGACUUCCACAGCAUUUCGCUUCGUUGACUUCCACAAUAGGCUGUACCUGUACGUGCUG